CCGAGCCCUCUCCUCCCGACCGUUUCUGUCUGCGUCCCAGCUUCGCGAACCACAGCAGCAGAGGUGGCGCCGGGAAAGCAGUGAGAGGCGCGCUCUGCCAACUCCGCGCGGGAUGGAGCAGACCGAGCUGCUAAAGCCACGGACCCUGGCCGAUCUGAUCCGCAUCCUGCACCAGCUCUUCGCCGGUGACGAAGUCAAUGUAGAGGAAGUGCAGGCCGUCAUGGAAGCCUACGAGAGCGACCCCUCCGAGUGGGCCGUGUACGCCAAUUUCGAUCAGUACAGGUAUACCCGAAAUCUUGUGGAUCUAGGAAAUGGAAAAUUUAAUCUGAUGAUUCUGUGUUGGGGUGAAGGACAUGGCAGCAGUAUUCAUGAUCACACCGACUCCCACUGCUUUCUGAAGAUGCUGCAGGGAAAUCUAAAGGAGACAUUAUUUGCCUGGCCUGACAAAAAAUCCAAUGAGAUGAUCAAGAAGUCUGAAAGAAUCUUGAGGGAAAACCAGUGUGCCUAUAUCAAUGAUUCCAUUGGCUUACAUCGAGUAGAGAAUAUCAGCCAUACAGAACCUGCCGUGAGUCUUCACUUGUACAGUCCGCCUUUUGAUACAUGUCAUGCCUUUGAUCAAAGAACAGGUCAUAAAAACAAAGUCACCAUGACAUUCCAUAGCAAAUUUGGAAUCAGGACCUCAUUUACAACUUCAGGUUCACUGGAGAACAACUAAAGAGCAACAAACCCUUUGAGGUUUUACUUUAAGGUCUGCUGAACGUUUGCCUUGGACAGGAAGGCCUCCUACCAUUUCCUGUUCAAUAAUACACUUAGAUCUACUAUAAGGCAGAUGCUAAUUACAAGGCAUGAAGUAAGCAAAUAGUGCCCUGAGCUACUGCGGAAGAAAAAUCCCAUUUAAGAAAAAGUCAUGUGAUUUUAAAAGCCAAAUCAAGUACUCUCCUGGUUCUAUCCUUUAAUUCCAUUGAAAACAUACUGGGAGUGUCAAUUAGAGUUUUUACAGCUUUUGGAAACACAUUGGUCUUUGAACUGUAAUUAGUAUUAACUAAAACAAGAAACCACAGAUAUCCAAUACCUGCUUUGUUACCUAGAGGACUAAAUGUAGGUUUCUUUAGAAUACUUUGUAUUUUCUUAAUAU